CAUCUUUUAUCCUGAUAAGCCUUCAAUUAUUCAAUCUUUAUUGAAUCUUUUGUUUUUUCAUUCAAAAUCAUGUUGUCCAAAUCUUUAAUGUUCAAUCUUCAUCAUGUUCAUCCCCACCAUGCAAUUUUCACAAAACCAAAAUGUCUAUAUCCCCUUAGAAAGUCUUCAAUCCCAACAACCUUAACUACUACUAGUAUUAGUCCUAGUACUAGUACUAAUGUACACACUAUUUUUCACAAAAAAUGUAACAACAACAACAUGCUUGCUCCAAUGUCAUCAAGUCAAUUUGAUGAAUUUCAUCCUGAUCCUAGCCUUACAAAUGAUGAUCUCAAGCCGACGACGAUCGAUCAACGUAACUUUUCAGGUUGGGAAAUGGCUAGUUUAUGGAUUGGACUAGUUGUUGGGGUGCCCUCAUAUUACCUAGCUGGUAGUCUAGUUGAUCUUGGAAUGUCAUGGUGGCAAGGUAUUGCAAUAGUUGUGUUAGCCAAUUUGGUAACUUUAGUACCACUUAUAUUGAUAGGUCAACCAGGUACAAAAUUUGGUAUAUCAUUUCCUGUUUUAGCUAGAUCAUCAUUUGGGAUUAAAGGUGCACAUAUACCUACAUUACUUAGAGCUUUAGUUGGUUGUGGUUGGUAUGGUAUUGAAACAUGGAUUGGUGGUGAAGCAAUUUUUCUAUUGUUACCUAAAGUUGUGAAGACCUCAUCUUUGUCACAAUCAAUUUCUUGGCUUGGCACUUCACCACUUGAAUUUGCAUGUUUUAUAACUUUUUGGAUAGCACAAUUGGCAAUUGUGUGGAAAGGUAUAGAUGGUAUUAGAGAAUUGGAAAAAUAUUCAGCACCAAUAUUGAUUUCACUUACUUGUUGUUUACUUAUUUGGGCUUAUGUUAAGGCUGGUGGAUUUGGUCAUAUGUUAGAUUUGUCAUCAAGAAUUACAAAUUUAGAAUUUUGGUCACUUUUUUUCCCAUCACUUACUGCAAAUAUAGGGUUUUGGGCUACAUUAGCACUUAACAUACCUGAUUUUACUAGGUAUGCCAAGAGCCAACAUGACCAAAUUAUAGGCCAAGCAGGGUUACCAAUAUUUAUGGGGUUGUUUACAUUUGUUGGCUUGGCUGUUACAUCUUCAACUAAAGUGAUUUUUGGUCAUGUAAUAUCAAACCCUAUAACAUUAUUAGGUGAAAUUGGUGGAUUGUUGACAAUGGUGUUAGCCAUAUUUGGCAUUAGCUUAGCCACAAUUACAACAAAUAUAGCAGCCAAUGUCGUCGCGCCGGCUAAUGCCUUAGUCAAUCUUAGCCCUUCAUGGUUCAAUUUUAGAAGAGGUGCAAUUUUAACAGCAUUGUUAGGGAUCGUUUGUCAACCAUGGAGGUUGUUAAAAUCAAGUGAAAGUUUUGUGUACACUUGGUUAGUUGGAUAUUCUGCAUUGUUGGGACCAAUUAUGGGAAUAAUUUUGGUUGAUUAUUACUUAAUUCAAAGGAUGAAUUUAAGUAUACAAGAUUUGUAUACAUUGAGUCCAAAUGGUGUAUAUUAUUACUCAAGUGGAUACAAUUUAAGAGCAAUUUUGGCUUUGGUUAUUGGGAUUUUACCAGUAAUUCCAGGGUUUUUGCAAAAUGUUGGGAUUUUGGAUUCAAUUCCAAAAUCAUUUGCAAUAAUUUACAAUAAUGCUUGGUUUUUUAGUUUAUUUUUAGCAGGGGGACUUUAUUGGAUUAUUUCAUUUUUAAAGAAAAAACAAGAAAAAAUAGAUCCUUUAUUGCCUAGUUCAUCUUAGGUUUGUAUUUAUUUACAUAGUUUUUAUUUUGAAUUUUUCUUUUGUAUUUGUCUAUAUUGAAAUUAAAGAAAAGCAUGUAAUGUCUGUUUCUCUUUUUGUA